GAACCUACGGUUCACACGAGUUCACCAGAGGAGCCAGCUACAACAUACGACAGUGACUUGCAAGCAGAUGGAACUGGUCGUCUUGAAAUAACAACAACAUCUGCGUCGAGGCGUGAUCUUCCAUCAUCAAGGAAAGCGUUGGAAUUUAUAAGUUAUAAGGUGGAUAAUGCGCAUUCCAUCGACGAAGAGACCAAGAUAAGUCCUUUCGAGGACGAGGAUCAGGUACCAAGCGCAAGCGACACUCAACGUAGUUCUGGAGUUAAUCGGAGUUUUGAGUUGAGAGGAGACGAAGACAUCGAAGAAGUGAUUAAUAAAUUGUCUGCUGGUAAUGCGAAUAUUCGAAGAGCGCCUAUGCGCAACUCUAUUAUUAGACAGCAGAAAAUUGAUACGUACGCA